AUGGCUGACGGUCGCGAUAACUCCAAGCUCUUGAGCUACGAAGCGUUUGAAGGAGGUCGUAAGCAGCCCAAGGACUACCACGCAAUGUUUAACCAUGCAUACUUCGUUGCAUGGUUUCAACGCUUGCUUGACGACGUCGCUGCUCUACAGAAAUCCAACGCGAUCAUUGUGUUAGACAACGCCAAGUAUCACAAGGGCCUACCAGACGACACCCCUUCAGGAUCGUGGACGAAGGCACGAAUGAUGCAGGCGUGCGCAACCUACGGCAUCGAAUUGGAC